UGACAUCAGGUGGCGGCGAAGGUGGAGGGAAGGCAGAGCGCACUUGGGGCGGAGCCGCUUUGGUUUUCUCCUUCCGUAACUACCGAAAGUGGGAUUUCCCUGAUUUGUUAGCGCGGGGGCCCCGCUGUCUCAGUUGUUCAGGGACCAAGGUUCACCUGGAGCUCGAGAGGAGGGAACAAGGCAGGGUGGUGGAAAGAAUGCAGUAAACUCCGGGUAAUGGUGGAAACAACGUGCAACAAAGCGAAGGCAGAAAGCGAAAGCGUCCCAGAGUGACGAAGCGUUGCCAAGAAGUGGGCGCUCCUGAGGAAUUCACCGCGGGGACCCGAGGGAUGCACGUCGUGUAGAGGACUCCUUAUUCCGAUGGGGGCGAGCCAAAGCCUGGACGGCGAUCGGCGAUGGUAGCCGAGAAUGGUCACGACGAGAAGCUGGUGGUGUCUAAUUUGCAGCUGCGUCUUCUGGUCAAGUAAGGAGGUACAUGCAAUUAUCCAGGAGCCUCAAAACAUACGAUUAAAUUCAGUUAUGCUUAAUAGUGUUCUCCUGUGGGAUCCAUCAAAUUUUUCUGAAGGAAAUGUAACUUAUACAAUUCAAUAUAAAAGUAGUAUGAAGUCAAACUUCACUGACUUGUGCCGAAGAAUAUACUUUACAGAGUGCAAUAUUUCAAAUAUACCUAAAUACGGUCUUUCUAAUUUAAGAAUUAGAGCUGAAUUUGAGAAUAAACAAUCACAUUGGAUAUAUCUUAACUUCACACCGUUCAUGGACACAAUCAUUAUACCUCCAAUUGUACAAAUUAUACCCACAAAACCUGGAGUCUUGGAUGUUUAUCUCCAAAGCCCUCCUGUUAUACUUAGUGGUAUCAGAUAUUCCUUGAAGGAUUUUUAUGGUUCGAUUGGUUACAAGAUGAAAAUUUGGAUGAAUACUAGUGAACAGGUUAACAACGUGACUACACCACAUCCUUUCCAUGUAAUAUCUGGCCUAAAUCCUGGAAUAACAUAUUGUCUUAAGGCUCAAGUAUUUAUUGAAGAAUACAAUAAAACUGGAGAGUGGAGUGAAGCCACUUGUACCCAAACAAUUAAUAGUAAUUAUAUAAUAGGGACAGAUUCAGUAAUAGAGUUGGUUAUUUUCCUAACAGUAUUGGCAUUCAUUUUUUUCUGCUGUAUAAUUUAUUUUAGGAUCAAACGUUGCUUUUACCCUUCAUAUUCUUUGCCACAACAUUUCAUUCAGUUUUUAAGCCAUCCUUAUGAUAGUUCACAAUUUCUUGACUCCCAGUCACAGGGAGAGGAUCAUAACUAUGAUACGGUUAUUGUUCUUUCGGAGAAGUCAAAACAGUGUAAUAGUGAAUCAGAAAAUAAAACAAGCAACAUAAAACAGGAGCUGCAAGGAUCUCAAGAAGACAUCAUUAGACCUAAAUAAAUUUCCAGUUGUACAA